AUGGACUUUAACAAUCGUUUCGGUGAUGGAAUCAAGCGCUGCGAGGUCGCUGUCGGUUAUAUAUUUGUUAAAAAAGAACUCUGUGCCGAGGCGCUGAACGCGUCUGCAGACGGCACGGCGUGCUACAAUGACGGCCAUACCAUGAAGCAGAUUCGGAAAAAUGACCGCCUCGCGGUGUACGGCGACACUGUUGCGGAUAGUGUCCUAUGCCACCGCUGGUACAGCCAAGGUUACGAGAAAGGAGUCUGGGACUCUAUGCGCAAAGAGUCUCUUUGCAAUAGGAAUCUCGCUGAACGUGGGUUUUCGCAUCAACUCGACGUCUGCAUCAUCAAAAACGGAGGCACAGUCUGUGUCUCCGAAAAGAUGAUGGCGACCGCCGUGGAGGCCAUUCUCGGCGCGGUCCAUCUAGACGGUGGCGUUGAUGCCCUGACCACAGUCAUGGAGAACCUUGGCAUUAUUGAUCCCCUGCGUGAAUCGGUAACGUGCAAUCCCCCCAGUCCCUGCGGUUUUCUAGUGUACAGAUCUGCUGCGAUCUACUUACGUCGAGGUGUACAGGUCCAUGUUGCGAGACCACCCCAGGUUAGUCGGCGCCGAGCCAUGAAGUAA